CCACUGCCUGCCUCUGCUUGUCGCUCUCCCUCCCCCCCCCGUUCUCCAAAGUCCCAACCCUCUUGCCACCAUGAAGCUGUCUGCUGCCAUCAUCCUUGCUGCCGUCGCCACCGCCGUCGUCGCCGCCCCCUUCCCCAACCAGGGCUACCGUGGUAUUGCCGGCGCCAACAUCGUCGCCGUCGGCACCACCGGCCACUCUGCCCACAAGGCCAUCUCCACCUCCCAGCGUGCUGCCAAGGUCCCCCAGCCUGCUCCCACCGUCUCCAACGACGAGACCGAGGACGACGAGACUGAGGACGACGACGAGGAGGAGGAGACCGAAGAGCCCGAGGAGACCGAGGACGAUGAAACCGAGGAGACUGAAGAGCCCGAGGAGACCGAGGACGAUGAAACUGAGGAGACCGAAGAGCCCGAGGAGACCGAGGACGACGAGACUGAAGAGACUGAAGAGCCCGAGGAGACUGAGGAUGAUGAGACCGAGGAGACUGAAGAGCCCGAGGAGACCGAGGAUGAUGAGACCGAGGAGACUGAAGAGCCCGAGGAGACCGAGGAUGAUGAGACCGAAGAGCCCAAGACCCAGGCCUUUGUCGCUGUCUCUGGCGACUCGUCCGAUGAGGUAGUCUCUGCCCCCGAGUCCACCGUUAUCUAUGCCAACCGGCUCUCGGCCCUCAGCCACGUCUAA